AUGAGUGUGGGGGGCAAUGGCACGGAGAUGAAGACAUGGCAGGAAGUGAAGGAGAUGCGCGAAAAGGCAGCAAGAAACGGACCAGAAACAGCGCGCCUCCUCAGCGGGGGUGACGAGAAAAAAGCAGAAAAGGAAUCAAAGAACCAAGAGACGGGAAAGAAACGGGAGACUGCUAAUGAGACCAUCACGAUUGAAGAUGACGAUGUAGUAGCUGAAGCAGUCCAGGAAGUGUAA